GUGAUGCCCAUCACAUCUCAACAAUGUAUAUCUCAAACUAUAGGUCAAGAUCAAGCAAGCUAUGACUGCACACAAAGAAAUGGUCCAUAAAAGUCCACUAGAACUGUUUGAAGAGAAAAAAGUCGUCAGGAUUUGUGCACCCAUGACUGCCGUUCCGAUUGCUGGUUCGUCGCUACGGCUGUGACCUCACCUACACUCCCAUGAUUGUAUCAGAAUCAUUUGUACAGUCCAGCAAAGCAAGAGAUGUCGAGUUCACAACUUGCAAUGGAGAUCGUCCACUGGUGGCCCAAUUUGCUGCCAGCAAUGCCAGGGAUUUUGCUGAUGCUGCACUUAUCAUUGCUCCGUUUGUAGAUGCAGUAGACCUCAACUGUGGUUGCCCUCAAAGGUGGGCCAUGGCAGAUGGUUACGGUGCUCAGCUAAUGAGUGAGCCAGAGCUGGUUACAGAUAUGGUCAGACAAGCCAAGUCAAGAAGUGGGCUGCCAGUCUCUGUCAAGAUGAGAAUACACAAAAACCUCAAGGACACGGUUGAGUUUGUACGGAGAGCAGAGCAUGCUGGAGCGGCCUGGAUCUCUGUUCAUGGUCGGACUAGCAAACAGAGGGCAGAACCUGCUAACAUGGAUGCUAUCAAACUGGUGAAAGAGAGUGUUGGUGUUCCUGUGGUAGCCAAUGGAGAUGUCAAAAAUGAAGCGGACAUCAGGCGUGUGCAUGAACACACUGGUGUCAAUGGAGUGAUGUCAGCUCGUGGUAUCCUUGACAACCCGGCCAUGUACGGAGGCUAUGACCACACCCCUAUCUCUUGUGUUCAGGACUGGGUGGAGAUUGCCCUUCGUACCGGAAUGACCUUUACCCUCUUCCACCACCACCUGAUCUUCAUGCUGGACCGUGUGCUCACUAGACCAGAGCAAAGAGUAUUCAAUACUCUCUCAAGCGUACCAGCUGUAUUGGACUAUUUAGAAGAACACUACGGUGUAUGUUUAUAUCCUGCUAUAUAGACUUAGUUGAUGUCUAUAUAAUUAUAUAUUUUUACUUCAAUUGUUGGCAAUAAUAAUUAU